AUGGGUGUUGGCACUUCAAACCCAACGACUUCUGAAAAUAAAAGAGGAUUGUCACGUAAUUUCAGUGUCAGACAAGCAGAUGAAAUGACAAGCAGAGGAAUUGACUCACAUAUGUUUCCUUCGAAACAAAAAUCAGUCAAAUCAAUGUUUGCGAAGGAAAAUAUAAAAAGAGUUGGUAAGGCAGUUUCAAAGUUUUUUCAUUUCAAUGCUAUACCAUUUCAUGCAGCUGACAAUCCUUAUUAUCAAUCGAUGAUUGAUGAAAUUGCCAAAGCUGGUUCUGGUAUUAAAGGCCCUUCAGCUUAUCAAAUUGGAAAUGAAUAUUUAGAUAAAGAAUUUGAAGAGCUUGAGAAAUAUCUUGGAGAUGUUUAUGAUAAAUUUUCAACUUUUGGUUGUACACUUAUGUGUGAUGGGUGGAGCACUCGUACAAAACAUCCAAUAAUAAAUUUUAUGGUAUACUGUGAUAGGCACAUGAUAUACCAUAGUUCAGUUGAUUGUACCAAUAUUAAGAAAACUGCUGAAUAUAUUUUCAAGUUAAUGGAUGAGGUAGUAGAGGUUGUGGGGGAAAAAAAUGUUGUGCAAGUUGUGACAGAUAGUGAAUCUAGUAUGAAAGCUGCUGGACAACUGUUGAUGAAAAAAAGAAAAAAUCUUUUCUGGUCACCUUGCGCUGCGCAUUGUAUAGAUUUGAUGUUGGAGGAUAUUGGCAAAAUGGAUAAUGUAAAAGAAACUAUUGCUCAGGGGAAGAAGAUAACAAGUUUCAUAUAUAACAGUGACAAAGUAGUGAAUCUGAUGAAGACAUAUACAAAAAAAAGGGAACUGCUACGUCCAGGUAUCACUAGAUUUGCAACUGAAUUCAUUUCUAUGGAAAGUCUUCUUCGGCAUUGUACAGAACUGAAAAGAAUGUGCACCUCAGAUGAAUGGGCAGAGUUUAAUAAUACUACCAAGAGAAAAGCAGAAGCUAUUAAAGUAGCUGAGUUGAUAUUGUCAGAGAAGUUUUGGAAAAAAGUUAGAAAUGUGUGUGCAAUAAUGGAGCCUCUGGUCAAAGUUUUAAAAACUAUUGAUCAAGAUAAUAAGCCAACAUUGCCAAUUAUUUAUGAGGCAAUGGAUAGAGCAAAAAUGGCUAUUCAAAAGUCGGUGAAAUCUUGGAAAACAAUUUGGGAAGUGAUUGUGACAGGUUGUCAGCCUGUGCAAUAA